AUGGCGGCUAAACGUAAGGCUGGGGCGCUUCUGCAACAUGUUCUGCCAAAGUUAGUUAGUGUCAUCGAUAGAAGUUUCACAGGGCGAGGUGGCUGGACUGGCCAAUGGCCUGAAUUUUUACUUGAACCACAUUGCAGUUGUCAUCACGCGCCGAUGACAGCAGCGUCCGGCCCGGACAAUUUGACUCCAGAACCCAAUGACAUGAAUGACGAAGAUAACUUUUCAAGUCAAGGCUACGCGAAAGAUGCGGAGAAGUUGAAAAUGAUGUUGCUAGCUUGGAAUUACAACACUCAGACAGGUCGGAACGGUGACAUAUCUGAGACUGGCGCCGACAGCAGCAUGGCGGACCUCUGGGCCUCGUACCACAGCGCUUUGGGUCUCGGGAGCAAACCACCAAAACCCCCUACCCCUUUGACAACCGGACACUCGAGUCCUAUACAUGUUGGGUCCGCGACAAACGUGGAACCUGCGUCCACACACGACGAGACAUCUUCCUCAGACAGAACCAAAGACGAUGAUGACGGCGGAGCGUCUGAUGACGAUAGCGAUGAUCGCGUAGAUCCACAGCAUCAUGAUCCGGAGCGAUUGAAGGCUUUUAAUAUGUUCGUCCGCCUGUUCGUCGACGAGAACCUCGACAGGAUAGUUCCUAUCUCGAAGCAGCCCAAGGAGAAGAUCCAAGCAAUCAUAGACUCGUGCACGCGACAGUUCCCCGAGUUCGCUGAACGUGCUCGCAAGAGAAUCAGGACGUACUUGAAGAGUUGCAGACGCAAUAAGAAGGUUCGCGGAGACGUUCAGCCGACUGGCAAUGGAGGAAGCACGCCAUCCGGCAACGCUUGGGAUACAGCGGUGCGUCCGACUCCCGCGCACUUAACGUCUGUACAAGCUGAACAUAUCUUGGCGCAGGCGUGUGAGAACGAGAGCCUCAACGCGAAACGCAUGCGGCUUGGUCUCGAUCCUGUCAGUCAGCCGAUGCCGACCGUGCCCACUCCAAUGGCCAUCGACACAACAGCGACCUCGUCAUUCCUGAAUCUCUAUAGUGGAGCGAUUAGCAGCCCAGCAUCCACGACAACCACCACGGCCCCGGGUCACAGCAAGGCAGCAGCAGACACCACCAGACCCUCAAACAGCCCUACUAUGGAGCCAUUGCUCAAUAAUAACACUUUGAAACUUGAUAACGCUAAUGGAAAUACUGGCAGUAAGACUGCUAGUCCAGCUUCAUCGCCGGCUCCACUGUUCAGACCGACAUUUCCAUCCACAUUUGGUAACCCUCCAACAUUCGGGAGACAAAAUUCGUCCACAAGUCAAUCAUCUGCGUUGUCAAAUACAGCGUUGCUCUCUACUCUCACGGCUCUGCCACCAACAGGUGUUGGUGUCAACGCUGCAAUGGCCGCGUAUCAAAGCGCGCUGCUCUCUGCAAUGGCUGCGCAUACGCAUACAUUCCCAAAUAUUACUGCUCCAACAGACUUGUCACUGAAGACAUCGACGACCACUCUUCAUUCCACAUCUACGCCAUCCAUCGCCGGAUCUAACUCUCAGAAAUCUCUCCUGUCUCACAAACUCUCCGGCUCUGAAGUUGGCGCUGUACGACAGCUGAUCACAGGUUAUCGUGAGUCAGCAGCAUUCUUGUUAAGGUCUGCUGAUGAACUGGAGACUCUCCUCUUGAACCAGCCAUAG